CUUACAACGAGAUUUGCCCGUGUUAACUCGAGUAGGAAACCCCGUUCCACCCUCUUUCCCGUCGCUGUCCACAAGCAAGAUGCCGGGUGUCACAGUGAAAGACGUCAACCAGCAGGAGUUCGUCACUGCAUUGGCAGCUUUCCUAAAAAAGUCAGGGAAGCUGAAGGUGCCUGACUGGGUUGACCUUGUCAAGCUGGGCAAGCACAAGGAACUGGCCCCCUCUGAUGAGAACUGGUUCUACAUCAGAUCCGCCUCCACAGUUCGUCACCUGUACCUCCGUGGGGGAGCUGGUGUGGGCUCCAUGAUCAAGAUUUAUGGAGGUCGCAAGAGGAACGGCGUGUGCCCGGCCCACUUUAGUGUCGGAUCCAAGAACGUCGCCCGCAAAGUGCUGCAGGCCCUCGAGCUUCUCAAGAUGAUUGAGAAGGACCCAAACGGUGGCCGUAGACUAACCUCCCAGGGAACCAGAGACCUGGAUAGAAUUGCCGGCCAGGUUGCAGCUGCAAACAAGAAAACUGUUUAAUAAAUGUUUUGGAGAAAUGAAA